UUUAAAUCCUUAAAAUGAAAGUCUAGGACUUUCCCGGCUCUCUCCCUCUAAAGCCCUCGUGUCUUCCUCUCAUCUCUCUCUCUCUCUUUCUCUCUCUGCGAGACUUCCGGUUUCCACGGUGGCCUUUUGGCCAGCAUCGGAUCUGGGGUUUCUACGCGGUCUAUUGAAGGGUUCUGUUCAUAGUUGGGAUAUUGUUGCUUUUGUAUUUUCUAGAUUUGAGAAAGGAGUAGGGGUGAUUGUUAUUUUUUGGUGGAAUAUUAGCGAAAAGGCGGUCAGGUCUUGUAAAACAAGUUAAACUGCAAUUAUUGUAGAUUUCUUGGCCUUAUUUGUGACUUAGUAUUGGAAAGUGAUGUUUACCUAAUGAAGGUAGAUAUAUCUGCGAUAUCUUUUCCCACUGAAGGUUAAAAUAUAUAGUGAAGAGGUAAUCUGUGUUAUGGGUUGACUUCAAAUAUAGGAGGAUUUGGUCGUGUUCUGCUAAUAUUGUGGAUUUUAUCAUUUGGAGUGUGGGGUGAAGGGAACGAUUAGAUUGGGCUUGUGGUUUUGUUAUGGAUCAUAUGACCCCUAGAGAGAGGGAUAUUGAAACUGAUCUUGAAAGCGGGGAAACAACUAGUGAAGAUGAUUCGAGCAAAGCCCCUCUUUUAGGUGCUAUAAAGCAGGCCAGGACAUUUCUUGGGAAGAUUCAUAGUGGGUUUGUUGAUGGCUCAGCCAAGGGUGAAGAUGGGUUAAGUUUAUCUGACAAUGUGCCAAACUCCAAUGGGGUUUCUUCUGAGAAAGUGAAGAUGGUGAACAACAAGAUAUUGGAGGGCGAAGCAACUGUAGAUUAUGUGGAGAAAAUACCAGUGAAGGAGAAACGUAAAAAGACUAGCAAUAAAAAGGCUCCAAAACCUCCCAGACCUCCGAGAGGUCCAUCAUUGGAUGCAGCUGACCAGAAGCUAAUUAAGGAGAUAUCUGAACUUGCCAUGUUGAAGCGUGCAAGGAUUGAGCGAAUGAAAGCUCUGAAGAAGUUGAAAGCUGCUAAGUCAUCUCCUAAAGGCAGCAGCAUAUUUGCGAUGGUGAUGACAAUUCUCUUCUUUCUUGUGAUAAUCUUUCAAGGAAUGUCAUCUAGAAAAAAUACACCGGUAAGCUUCCAGGGGUCCCCUGUGUCUGCAGGACCAACAGAGGGCGGUUUGAUUUCCCUUGAGUACUACCCAUUUCCAUCUGCAAGUGAGCCAAACGAACCUGCUUCUGCUUCUGCUUCUGGUUCUCCCAAUUUAGUAGAGCAGAUUGCUGGUUCAGAUGAAUCGGAAAAGCUGACAAGAGUUGCAGGAUGAAAUGGAGUGUUACUGAAAAAGGGAAUGUUAUUGCCUCUUGCCUAGUCUAUGUUGAAGAGCAAACCAUUUUUCCUUGCGUUUUUAUUUUUAUUUUUUUUGAGUAAUGCUACUAUACACGCUCCCGCUUCUCUACUCCCAUUUAUCUGCUGACUUUUAAAAUUAUUAUUAGAUUAAAAUCUAAUAAAAAUCCAUCUUAAAUUUAAUUGUAAUUUUAAAAGUCACUUAUAGAUAUAGAGAAAUGGGUGAGGAAGUAAGUGGGAGUGUGUGUAUCAUUAUUUUUAUUUUUUAUUUUUUACACUUAACCUUUUGAAUGUGGUCUGAAUCUUUGGGGUAAUUUAUCCCCCUAUUGUGUAUAUAAAUGAAGAUUGGGGGUGACUCAAAUUACUGUACAAAUUUUGUAGAUGAUGCCAAAUAACUACUACUACUGUUGGGAUUUGGUUAGCA